ACCUAGAGAAUCCUACAGCAGUAGUAAAGCUUAUUAUUUUUGUAUUAAACUCGUUGUAAAUUAAUCUAUAAAAUAUUAUAUUAUUUCGUUAAAUUUAAUAUCAUUUGUGUAUUAAUUCUAUGAUUGUAUGUAAUUUAUAAUAUUUUUGCACAGUUAAUAUAGGAAGUUAAAAACUGUCAGUUUAAGGUAGGUUUAAAUUCAACUGCACGAGGAUGUUAAAUUUGUUUGUAUGGUUAUGUUUCAUAUCAAUAUUGGGAAUUUCAAUAAGUUGUAAAACUGCCAAUGAAGACUUUGUGAUUUAUCACGGAGAUGGUCCUCAAUCAAAUAGCAUAUAUUAUGACAAGUGUGCGCCCACAGUGACCUGCAAUCGAAAUGCUAUUUAUAGGACAGCAAAUGGCUCAUGUAAUAACCUAAAGAACCCGUUGUGGGGGUCGUCUGAAACUCCAUACAUCAGACUUUCUGAAGCUGCUUAUAAUGAUGGUGAUCAUGAAGUUCGUAAACAGUCUAAUGGAUCGAUGUUACCCAUACCUCGAAAAGUGCAGUUGUCAUUAUUUUUGGAAAAAUCUCAGAAUUCCUCAGACCAUAACAAUUAUCAUCUAAGUCAAUUUGGUCAAUGGGUCACCCAUGAUAUCACUCUCCUACCACCAGAUCCUUCAGGGCCAGAGAGGUGUUGUUCCACCCCGAUUAAUGAGAUCAACAGUAAUAGCCCAUACCAAUGUCAAUUACCUAUUGAGUUGCCAACGGAUGACCCGGUUUAUGGUCGUCAUGGACGAACAUGUAUGGAAUUUAGACGUGCUAUGACUGCUGCUAAUAAUUUCAACUGUUCAAUAUCUCCCCAAAUUCCAAUGAAUCAGGCGACAUCGUACAUUGACUCGUCACAGUUGUACGGACACACAUCAGCCAAGGCAAAUUCAAUGAGAUCUUUUAAUGGCGGGAGAUUGUUAACUGAAGUCAUAAAUGAAAACGAGUACUGUCCUCUAAGGAAAAGAAACGGAUCAUUAUUAUGUGAUGGGAGGGAUAACGUGACCGUAUGUUUUAAAGGAGACCCAAGAAUAAAUCAACACUUUGGGAUAACAUCGUAUAGUAUUAUGUUUACCCGGUUUCAUAAUGUUGUGGCUGGUAAGUUACAACAAUUAAAUCCUCAAUGGUCUGACGAAGUGUUGUAUCAAGAAACUCGAAAGUUCGUCGGUGCACUAAAUCAGAUAAUUGUUUAUCGGGAUUACUUGCCUAUUUUACUUGGUGAAUCAUUUACAAAAUGCGGUUUGGAUUUCAGUAAUAAUAUAACGACAAAAUACAAUCCGGAAAUCCAGGCAGAUUUGACUAUGGAAUUUGCAGGCGGUGCUUUCCGAGUGCCGCAUAACACAAUAGCUUCUUUUUACAAUUACGUAGACAAAGAUUAUGAGACAGUCGAUUCAGUCAAACUUAACGAAUGGAUGUCGAUACCUGAUCCCUUAGUUCAGGGUUCAAAACUUGACGAAAUAGUCAGAGGCAUGACUGAAUCAGCAGGCCGUUUAUAUACCCCGUCUUAUAACUAUCUAAUAUCAAAUUUCAUGUUCCAUAAACAUGAUAAUGGUGGUAAUAUAGAUUUACUCUCAGUGGACAUUCAGAGAGGGCGUGAUGUCGGCGUACCGCAAUAUACUAAGAUGAGGAAAUGGUGUGGUUUACCAGAAAUCUGUUCAUUUGAAGAUUUAUCAAAAAUUAUAUCAAAAGACGACGUCAAAAAACUGAAAAAACUGUACACAACUGUUGAUGAAAUUGAUCUAAUCGUGGGAGCUUUACUUGAACUACCAGUCGAUGGCGGAACAGUUGGUCCAACUGCACAGUGCCUUGUAGCUGAAGCAUUUUACCGUAUUCGAUUCGGUGAUCGUUACUUUGUUGAUAUGGCAGGCCAACCGGGCAGCUAUUCUCCGGAAAAAUUGAGCAGUUUGAAGCGCAUGGAUCUCUCUUGCGUAAUAUGUGCCACAACAAAAAUGGAUGAAGUACCAUCUAAUAUUUUUGAGCCAUCAAGAUAUUCACAAAUGGUGAAAUGCCAAGAUCAUUUAUCAAACUUGGAUCUUAGUGCUUGGAGAGAAUCUCCAUAGUUUAAUGGAUACAUGUGAAACGUCAAUUGCAUAGGAAUGAGCUAUACUUUAAAAUUAUAAAUAGAUAAAAUAAAUACUAACAUGUUAAAUAUAUUUUACAAUCAAAAUAAUUUAAGUAACUGUCUUGCAAGCCCAGAUUAUUACGAAACCUUUAGACUCUAUAGGCUCUGGGGUUUUAGGCCCCCAUGAACCGAUCAAAAUAUACGGUCUUGUUCUUAAAGUGUGGACCCACUUGCACACCUUUUUAUUUAUUAAUUUCAAUAAUCUGACAACUUUCCGAUGCCAUAUAUUAACAAUUACCAAUAGUUACUUUUAAUCUAAGGCACUGUGCUUAUUUAAGUAGGUUAUUUUAUGAUGAAGUAAAUAUAUAGUAAUUCUUUCAAUUUUUA